GCAACUCUAGUAUAAUAAUUCAAAGUGGGAGCAACCACAACCCUUUGAAGCUUCAGGAUCGAGCUUGUGCCGAGGCCAAGCGUAUCUCUCACUCCCAACCCUUCCAAUUUCCAAAUUUAUAGGAUUCCCAACCUCAACGGCUGGCUUUUCACUCUCCCCACAGCAACGCUUUUUUUGCCGCUUAAAGAGGGUUCCCUCUUCGCUGUGUUUGACUGCAUCAAGACCACCUCCUCCUCCAUUGCCACUCUCUGCGUCUCCUCCCUCAUUCUGCUCAAGCUUCUCAGGAAAAAUUUCAAGAACGGAUUCAACGGAGCUUCCAGUGAGAAGCUGUUGCGUUUAUCACUCUGGCCGACACUCUAGAGAAAUCUUCUCGCACCUUGGGGGAGGUGUGGGUUCCAUCAGGAGGCAUUGUUCUCUUAUUUUCUGCAACUUUGCUCUUCCAUUGUACACGGUCUGUGGUUUGGCGUCUACCCAUUGAUUACGGCUAACGAUCGGUCUUCUUUAUUAUAUUCGUUAUUUCUUACGGAUCCCUUUUUUUCAGUCUGUAAUAUAUCAAUUUUCAGCCAUUAGAAACGUAAAUACCAGUAGGAUAGAAGUCUAGAGAGGAGGCGAAGAAGAAUAAAAUCAAGAAAAAAAAAAAAAAAAAAAAAAGAGCAAUCCGUUUCGUGUUCUCUGUUCGGUAUUCUAAUUGAAACCAUUAUCCUAUCCUAUCUGAAAUGGCCAAAUUCAACUGUUUUUCUGGUUUAGUGGGGAGAAAGAAGAAAUCCAAGGUUGAGCAGGAAUCUCCAGACCUUCAUAAUGGCAAGGGGCUUGGAACCCUGCAAGUAAAGCUGGAACAUCCAGUGAAGUCAUCUGAGUGUGACAAAUUGAAUUCAACUUCUUUCAGUGUCUCAGCACCUUUUGGGAUCCAGGAGAAUUCUACUUGCAAGGUGAAGGUGCUUGGUGAUGAGAAAGCUCUUCUUGGGUCUGAAGCAGCUGAGGCAGCUUACGAAGGGGAAGAUGAGCAUGAUGAGAACUUGUCGACCAAGAGGGAUUUCUCUGAUUUCGAUUUUCAUGCUCUUCAAUCUGAAAAAGGAGAAUUGUACCAGUCACUUACCACAAAUAUGGACUCUUUCGAUUCAAAUGAUAUCGAGACAGACUUCAAUUCAGAGAGGGUCACCAAUUUGGGUGCUGAAGUGAGCCAAAGUGGGCAUGUUAGCGAUCCGGGGAUCAGCAAAGUAGAAUUCUGGGCUUCUCCAGGGCUUCAACGCUCGUGCUCCAACAUUGAAACGAGGGAGGUGCUGAAGAAGAUGGCUGAUCAGAUGCCUCCUUUAAAAUCCCAUUCUUUCAAAUUGAAUAAUUUUAUACAUAGAAAAAGAGAGGAAGUUGAUGCAGGAGUUCAUAGCAGCUCAGACUCGGUAAUGACCCCUCGCAGUGCAGACAGAGUGAUGCUGAAGAAGCAUUCUUCAAGUCAAGUUCUCCCUUCUAGGAGUAGAAGACUGUGGUGGAAACUGUUCCUCUGGAGUCACAGGAACACGGAGAAGCCAUGGAGCAUGAAACCACGGCCAGUUUCAGUUAUUCCUACUUCAAACCAGAAAGGUGGGUAUUCCUCGGAUACUCUGGAACCAAACCAGGCCAAGAAGUUGGGCAGGGUGGAAUCACCCGGAUCAUUCACUGGAGAAUCCAGAGACAACAGCCCAAACUGGACUGAUAAAUUCCACAGUGGAGCUACUGGCUUAUGGCCCCAGAACCAGUGGGUUGCUUUUCCUGCAGAGUCUUCAUCCAUGACAAGAGUAGAUGAGUGGGUAAACAGUCUUGAGAUCCAACCACCUCUUCUAAUUAAUGAAGAAGACGCAGGUGAUGAAGAUCAUAUCGCAUUUCCACCAUCUCCUGAUGCAUCACUGGCUAGAAACACAAGUCAUAUAAACCAAUGUCCUAAUCAUCAUGUCUCAGAAGAAGUUUUACAUGCCAACAGUAUGAUCCAGUCUCUGAAUUCAUCCUCAACUGUAGCCCAUAUUGCGGGUAUGGGUUUGAAAGUCAUCCCUUCAAUUGCUCGAUUCUCAAGUCUUCGAUCUGUCAACUUAUCAGGAAACUUCAUAGUCCAAAUUACUCCUGGCUCACUACCUAAGGGCCUCCAUAACCUCAACUUGUCAAGAAACAAAAUUGUUGUUAUUGAGGGCCUCAGAGACCUGACUCGGUUGCGAGUACUAGAUCUCAGUUACAACAGGAUCUCCCGAAUUGGCCAAGGGUUGUCAAACUGUACACUCAUCAAAGAGCUAUAUCUGGCUGGAAACAAGAUCAGUGAUGUAGAGGGGCUGCACAGGCUCUUGAAGUUGAUGGUCCUUGACCUAAGCUUCAACAAGAUUACCACGGCCAAAGCACUUGGGCAGCUAGUGGCAAGCUACAGCUCCCUAUUGGCUCUGAAUCUGUUGGGCAAUCCAAUCCAGAGCAACAUUGGGGAAGACCAGCUGCGGAAGACGGUUUCUGGAAUCCUCCCACAGCUAGCUUACCUGAACAAGCAACCCAUCAAGCCACAAAGGGCACGGGAGGUGGCUACGAACAGUGUUGCAAAAGCUGCCCUAGGGGGCAAUGAAUGGACCUCUCGCAGGAAGGCACUGAAACGAACGAGCACAGGUGUAUCAUCUUCAUCCAGUGGGCAUCGGAACAACAUUUCUGGGACUGGACAGAAAAGCAACCACAGAUCAAAGAGAACUCACCACCACUCCCCUACAAGACGAAGAUCAUCAUUAGGUGCUUCCUUCCAUUAGGAAUUUCCCUCUUCUUGGCAAAUUAUGGUUAGGGACCAUGUCUUAGUGCAAGGCUGCCACAGCAUGAAGAUCUCGGUUUGAAUCUGAGUGUGGUCACUUCAUGCGAAAAAGUUGCUGAAUGUAAGGACAGGACUGUCUCAGGUCCACGCCUCCUGCAAGUCUGUGGAAGUGGGACUCCUACAGCCCUUUGGGGAAUUAUAGUUGAUCUCUGGAGAUGAACAUUGUCUUUGUUUUGUUUUCUACAAUUCAGGAUGGGAUUGUUUAAGUUGUACUGUAUAUUAAUCUUGUAAUUUUGCUUUGGUGGUUGUAGUUGACUCUCUUUAAUGAUAAGUUCAAUCAAAGUCUUGGGGAUUCAGUUUUAAUUUCAA